ACCUUUGUGUUCUUUAGGAAGUUCUUAGUGUUUAUACCAUUGAAGUAGGGCUGGAUGAAAAUAAUGGUCAAUGAACUGCUGUUUGACUACAGUAAUGGUUAUCCUUUCAUUCUUUUACAUUAUUACAUAGUGUAUAGUUGAUGCAACUUAUUUCUGUUCAUUGUCUGUUUUUAUCAGUUGCAAGUAUUGUGAUCUAAUGGUAGAAAAGUGGGAAAAGCAUGUGUAAAGGUUGUUCUGCCUCUCCCAUGGUCAUCCAAACUGGAAAGACUUCUUGAAAGGUUGAUCUUAGUCUCCUCCAGCUUGCCGUAUUCAGCACAGAGCCAGGCUUGCUUUUGCAGUUUGUCUUAACUAACGCGGUAUGUAAUUGGAAGUACGUGGAACUGCCUUUAGUAGUAGCCAUUACUCCUUGGAAGCAACAGAAACAGCCAGGCAAUCUAACUCCCUCUGCUCUUCCACUUCUUGUUCUUCCCCUGUCUGCAGAGCUGCCUUGCUUUGGAAACUUAAACAGACAUCAAAGAAAAACGAAUUGAAAAGUCAAAUUUGGGAGGAAGGAACAGGCAACAUGACUCUGGAAGAUGCCAGGUUGGAGCAGUCAACUGGGACUUAGGAAAUGGCUCCUGAAGUUAAAUGAGGCUGGAUAAAACACGUAAAUGAAGCAGAAGCUGCUCUGCAUGUGUUAGGGCUGUAUCUCUAGAAGCACUGCUGAUCAACCAGACUUGGUAACUUGUCAUAAUGAAGAAAAUUAGUCUCAAAACAAUUCGCAAGUCCUUUAACUUAAAUAAAAGCAAAGAUGAAAGUGACUUUGAAGAGGAUCAGCAGCCGUCAUUAAGUGAAUUUGGAAAAGAUGACUCCUUGUUUGGCAGCUGCUAUGGUAAAGAUUUGGCUAGCUGUGAAGUCAAUAGUGAAGAUGAAAAAGGAGGCAAAAAUAGAUCAAAAAGUGAAAGCUUAAUGGGUACGUUAAAAAGGAGGCUUUCAGCAAAACAGAAGCAGAAGGGCAAAGGCAGCACACCAUCUGUAAGCUCUGCAGAUGAUGACACCUUUUCUUCAUCUUCUGCUCCAAUAACCUUCAAAGAUGUGCGAGCUCAAAGAUCUCUAAGAUCCACUUCCCUCCGUAAUCACCAUUAUAGUCCAACUCCAUGGCCCCUUCGACCUACAAAUUCAGAAGAGACUUGUAUCAAAAUGGAAGUGAAAGUCAAGGCCUUGGUCCACUCCUCUAAUCCAAGCCCAGCACUGAAUGGUGUUCGAAAGGACUUCCAUGACUUGCAGUCAGAUAACGUGUUCCAGGAACAAAAUAAUGCAUUAAAAAAUACAGAAUCUCAGAAUGGGGACUUACAUCUUCGUAUUGACGAACAUGUGCCUGUAGUUAUUGGAUUAAUGCCUCAGGACUACAUUCAGUAUACUGUGCCUUUAGAUGAGGGAAUGUAUCCUUUGGAAGGAUCACGUAGUUACUGUCUGGAUAGUUCCUCACCCAUGGAAGUUUCAACUGUUUCGUCUCAAGUGGGGGGAAAUGCUUUCCAUGAAGAAGAGAGUCAAGUGGAUCAGGAUGUAGUUGUUGCAUCAGAUAUCUUUGUGGACCCGGCGGUGAACGGUUUGUUGAUUGGUACCACAGGAGUCAUGUUGCAAAGCCCAAGAGUUAAUCACAGUGAUGUCCCUCCACUCUCACCUUUGCUACCUCCAAUGCAGAAUAAUCAAAUCCAAAGGAGCUUUAAUGGAUUGAAUGGCACAGAUGCGCACGUGGCUGAAAGUAUGCGCUGCCAUUUGAAUUUUGAUCCUAACACAGCCCCAGGAGUUGGAAGAGUUUAUGAUUCUGUACAGAGCAGUGGUCCCAUGGUUGUGACAAGUCUCACAGAAGAACUGAAAAAACUUGCAAAACAAGGAUGGUACUGGGGCCCAAUUACACGUUGGGAGGCAGAGGGAAAACUAGCAAAUGUGCCUGAUGGCUCGUUUCUCGUUCGAGAUAGUUCUGAUGAUCGUUACCUGUUAAGUUUGAGUUUUCGUUCCCAUGGAAAAACACUUCACACUAGAAUUGAACAUUCAAAUGGUAGGUUUAGCUUUUACGAACAACCAGAUGUGGAGGGGCAUACAUCUAUAGUUGAUUUAAUUGAACAUUCAAUCAGGGACUCUGAAAAUGGAGCUUUCUGCUAUUCAAGAUCCCGAUUGCCUGGAUCUGCAACUUAUCCAGUGAGACUGACAAAUCCAGUAUCUCGAUUUAUGCAGGUGCGUUCCUUACAGUACCUGUGUCGUUUUGUAAUACGUCAGUAUACCAGAAUAGACCUGAUUCAGAAACUGCCUUUGCCAAACAAAAUGAAGGAUUAUUUACAGGAAAAGCACUACUGAAAGCUUAUGGGAAUCUUGCAUCUUGCACUUUGGGAACAACAACAACAAAAAGAGAUUGAAUUACAGUUUACAGACUUUCAUUAUUAUCAAAAUCUUUUGCUGCCAUAACAAUAUUUCAUUUUUGUGUGUAAAAGAAAAGUAAUGCAUUUGGUUUUUUGUUUGUUUUGGGGUUUUUUUUGUGUAUUUUGGGGGGCUUUUUUUGAAAAGAAUGAUCUCAAGUUUAUUUUUAGAAGUGUGAAAUAGCUAUCUUUCAUCAAUGUGCAGAUUAAUCACAAUGUGAAUGAUCAAAUUCUCCUUUAAUUUCCCCCAAGUCCUUUGCUGCUAUCCACUGUGAUUUUUAUGCAUUGAAAGCACAUUUCAUGUGUAUUCAACCAUAAGUAAAGUCAAAUGAAACUUGUUGAAUGGAAUUUUUUUUCUUUAAAAUAGCCUAUUUGAAAAAGAUGAUCGUGAAUGGAAACAUAUUGGUAUUCUAAAUCACAGAAUUUGCAUAUAUGUUAAAAAUUAUUUCCUUGCAUCUGAAUUACAACUUUUUAUAGAAAUAUGCCCUAAUGUAGAACUUAUAGACAGAGCUGUGUGAUAAGAACAUGGUUAUGCAGCAUAUCUUUGGAAAAAACCUUCCUCCUAAACCUUGCAUUGUCUGUACACUAUUUUAUGUUUAAGGAAGUGGGUUCAGCUUUCUUCUUGUCUCAGCAUUUUGUCCUUCUAAAAAUGGCCUUUUAAAAAAAGUCUUUGAAAGUCAAUGCAUAGUACCUAUAUGGAAGUUGCAGUAUUGAGAGAUCAUGAAAAACAUUUUAAAAUCAUGGCAUCAGUUAAAUAAAUGAACACCUACCAGCUCCUCUCUUUCCUGACCUUCCCCCUCUUACCUCACCCUGAAAAAAAAAUUACAUGGAUUAGUAGGAAGACUCUAGGGAUCCUUAUUAUGGGAACAUAAGUUGACAAGCAAUUUUAGAGAUGUGGUAAAACUUCUAAUAGCUUCCCUUCCUCCAGGAUGAUUUCUACAAUAUAUAUUUAAACUGUGUGGAAUUGUAACAUUU